ACGCCUUUAAGGGAACCCGGAUUUGGACGUCCUUAACCCGGAAGUUUAGUCGAAUUGUCAAUGUGACUUCUCUGCAAAUAUCAAACUGAACAGAGUUGUUUUUACAAAUAUUCAGAAAUAAAUGAAAUAAAAUCAAAAUGUUCCUAACGGGUGUAAAUUUGGCCAAAGCAAAAUCCAAGACUCUGCUGGUGCAGAUGAUGAGUGCUGCAGGGACAGGCUACUGCUUCAAUACAAAGAGGGGACGCUUAAGGGAGAAGCUGGUGAUACGGAAACAUGAUCCGUUCGUAAACAAACACGUUCUAUUCUUUGAAAAGAGGAAAAUAAGGUCAAUUUAAAGUUGCAUCACAACAUGGACAUCAAAAGGAGCACACCGUUGGAGGUGGACAACAUACGACUUUGACAAUAUGCCCUUCAAUGACACCCUCGGAUGUUUUCCCAUGAUUGGAUGAUUUCAUGCACAUUACACAAUCCAUGUUGAUGACGGCAGCAACCCAGAAUAUGGGGCCAAGUAGGGCAACAUUCUGUUAUGUUAUUAGUCUAAGAAACCAAUACAAUAUGUCCAACCACUCAAAUGCUGUGUCUGUCAAGACAUCAUUACACAUUGUGUUCUACCCCCUCUUUCCAUACUCUUCUGAUGAACAGUUUUUCCAGGCAACAUGUUAAAAUAAUGCACGUCUGUUUAUUCAGUGUUUUUUAUUAAAUAUGAAAUUGUUUGAA